GUCAUGAGCCCCAGACCUCUUCAAUGCAAUAAAAAGCACCCAGAGAGCUGAGGACUCCAGACUGGGCAGAGAACCACCAGAGCACCGCACCAAGCCAGCAACACAGAUUCCUGAGCACAGUGAUGGCUAUAAUGCUCUCCUUAUUACUGGUCAGUUUGGCCGUGGGCCUCAGCGCAGCAGGAGAUGUGUCCUUCUGUCAAGGCUCCUGCGAACAGGGAUGGUCGACCUUUGCUGGCCGAUGCUACCAGUACUUUCCAGUGCUGAAGACCUGGAUUGAUGCUGAGGUUCAUUGCACCAGCAUUGGAGGAAACCUGGCAUCAGUGCAUAGCAGCGAUGCCAACCAGUUUAUCACCGGCCUGAUUAAAAGCAAGGAUGCCUCUGGCCCCAUCACCUGGCUCGGUGGCUCCAACUGUGUGAGGGAUUCAACAUGGCUCUGGACAGACGGAUCCAAAUGGGAUUUCACAAACUGGAAUGCAGGUGAACCCAACAACGUUGGAGGUGUGGAGAAGUGCUUCCACACUAACUUUGCAGUUCAAGGCGGCUGGAACGACAUCAACUGUGCCUCACAGUAUCCAUUCAUCUGCGUGAAAAACAUCAAAUAAAAGAAGGAAUGGUGGAGUGAUUUGUAGUCUGUUCAGAUGUGCAUACUGCAAUACCUUCAGGCUGUUACUAAAUUAAAGUAUUUUUGGCAUUCA